AUGCAGUUUGUGGCCAACAAAACCAUGCGCACCCCAUCCAACAUGCUCAUCGUCAACUUAGCCUUCUCCGACUUCCUCAUGAUGGCCGGGAUGUUCCCGUUUCAAGGAAUGUCCGCUUUCUACGAAGUUUGGAUUUUUGGCGAGCUCAUGUGCCAACUUCACGGCUUCGUUGGAGCGUUCAGCGGGUGCAUGCAAAUCUGGACACUCACACUCAUCGCCAAAGACCGAUAUAACGUGAUCGUCAAGGGCAUGGGAGCCAAGCCGUUGUCCUUCAAGAAAGUCGCCGCCAUGAUAUUCCACCACCUGCAGUAG